AUGAACACCUAUGAAUAUGAUGAUACUGUAAAAUUGCAUAACACAUUCAAUUUUAAUGACAAAAAUAAGAAUCUUAAUAAGGAUAUAAAUUUAAUAGAAUUUGAAGAUUUUGGAAAAGUGGAAUAUUUCCAAAAAUUGAACAACAAACCUGCGAAAGAGACGAACCCAUUUACUGUUCCUAACAAUUUCACAACACAAAAUAGUUCCCAAAAUUUGUACAGCGAGUCUGCAAAACAAUUUAAUACAUUUGCUCCUACUAAUGACUUCGGAAAACUCCACAAUUCUAUUAAUGUUAACAAACAACCUUCGAACAAACCAACUGCAAUUACUCCUACUAGCGACUUCGAAAAACUCCACAAUUCCAUUAAUGUUAACAGACAACCUGUGAAAAAACCAAAUAUAAUUCGUGCAGAUGACGGUUUCGGAAAACAACAAAAUUCUCAAAAUGUUAACGAACAAGCAACAAAAGAGACCAAUUCAAUUGAUCCUACGGAGGACUUCGCAAAACUACACAAUUCAUUAAAUUUUUUUAAUAAGCCAAAGGAAAAAAUAUCAAAUGUAUACAGAGAUAAUGAUAAUUUUGAAAAAAGAUAUAGUACAUUAAAAGAUGACUUUUAUUCUGAGAAACUAUUUAAUAGUGCAUAUGAAGCAGACUACUAUCAAUCUAAAGAUAAAACUCAUGAAGUACAGUAUUUUUAUGAUGAACCAAAGAAGCAUCAGAAUUAUAAAAAUGAUUUCAGUGAUUUAAAGAAAAAUGGAAGACCUAAUGCACAUUUUGAUAAGAUGUAUAACGAUUUACUAAAAGGAAACAAUUUUGAAUCAGAAAAAAGAGUUCUAAAACAAGUAGAUGAUCAUCCAAAAAAAGGUUCAGGAAAACCAUUAAUUGACUUAUCAGAAGAUGUUCCCAAAAAUAGUUCUGAAAAAAAUCCCAAUGAUAUUGGUAAAAGUCCUUAUACUAAAAAUAGAUCAAAUGCAUUGUCAUAUGCCAAAAAUAUCGAAAAAAUACUUAAUAAAUUAAAAUAUUUUAAUAAUGUUGAAACAGCAGUUGACGAAUUAAAAAAUGAUCCUAGCUUUAAAAAAAUACUUGAUGAAUUGCAAAAUGGUAACGGACUUGAAAGACUAUUUUAUGUAUUGAAAUAUUCUGACGAUUCUGAAGGAAUACUUUCGGAAUUGAAAAAAAAUGACAACAUUGAAAAACUAAUUUAUGUAUUGAACUAUUACGAAAAGAAUUCUGAACCCCAAAAAAAGGAAGAAUUAAAAAAAGUAGCAUCAAAAAAAGAUCACAAUGGAAACAAUAAAUUAUCAUUAUUGAACGUAAAAAAGAAAAAACUAAAAGUGUGGAUAACGAAAUUGUUCGAUAAAUUUGAUCAAAUGUAUGAAGAUCAGUUGUUAUCUUUAUUCAGUUCCGAGUUUGAUAAUGAUGGGAAUGAUUCUACAGAUAAUAAAAAAUUUUUGCAUACUCUGAAAUACGUUAAAAUUCUAAUACCAAUUGCAUUUGCCGUAAUAAUCAUAGCCAUUUUAAGUGUCUCAGCAGUAGCGUAUACCAUCUUUAAAGUAAAGAAAUGCCAUUAUAAGAAAAAAGUUGAAAGAAUAAACAAGAAAAAUGCAAAAAAAGCUUCAAAACCAUCAAUAAUAAAAGUCUCUGCUUCCUAA